UUCAAAACCACGUGACUGUCACGUGAUAUAUAUUUGUCCAAGAACAAGAUGGCGUGUAUAAGACGGAUUAUAAACACGAUCGGUGCCCCAAAGGCGGUUGGCCCUUAUAAUCAAGCUGUAAUGGUAGAUCAGACAUUGUAUAUGUCUGGACAGAUAGGACUUGAACCAACAUCUGGGGUGAUGGCAGAGGGUGGAGUAGAGGCCGAGGCACAUCAGGUAUUUAAGAAUAUGCAAGCAGUUUUGGCCAGUGUUGGUGGUAAUUUCUCAAACAUUGUGAAGUCCACUGUUCUGUUGACAGACAUGAAGGAUUACCCAACUGUCAACACAAUUUAUGCUCAAUAUUUCAAAGAGCCAUAUCCAGCAAGAGCAGCAUUUGCAGUGGCUGGAUUGCCAAAGGGAGCCAAGGUUGAAAUAGAAGCCAUUGCUGUACUGGGUGAAAUAGUGGAUAAAUAAAGAAUAACAUUUGAGAGUGAUAUAAUGACAUUAAAUGUUUGUAGUCUAACUACUACAGUUAUAUUAUAAAGGCGUGAUAUUUAUGGGAAGCAAAAUUAAACAACACAAUCAUUGUAACAUAAUACAGAAUAAAACUAUUAAAUCAAUGAUACAUGCAUAUAUGGAUACAUUUUAUCGUUGUUUAUAUCAAGAGUUUUGGAGUUUUCUUAAGUGUUUUCUCUUUAAACCAAUGCUUCAUUACGUACAUGGCUAUGCCAGUUGUAAUCAAACUAUUAUAUAGAGGAAGGGGUUUAUUUACUCGUUCCUAGUAGUAGUGGGUCUGAAGGUCAGGAAAUAUUCAUUUUGAAAUCUUUUCUCUGCGUCUCUUUU